CCCCCUCAUACACUGGCAAGGGCACACAUUACAGGCAGUAGGAGCCGGCACAGAGUACAAGUUCUAUUUUAUUAACCAGGAGGGUCCCGGGUGCCCGGCACAGAGAGACGGCACAGAAGGAGUAGGGAUCAAUGUGCAUAGGAAAUCAUGGGCUCAGAGGAAGAAGACUUUAACUUUGUCUUUAAAGUGGUUCUGAUUGGAGAGUCCGGGGUGGGCAAAACCAACCUCCUCUCCAGGUUUACGAGGAAUGAGUUCAACCACGACAGCCGCACCACCAUCGGAGUGGAGUUCUCCACCCGCACACUAACGAUAGAUGGGCACCUGGUGAAAUCUCAGAUCUGGGAUACGGCCGGCUUGGAGCGCUACAGAGCAAUUACCUCUGCUUAUUACAGGGGAGCAGUUGGGGCUCUCUUGGUCUAUGAUAUCACCAAGCACCAGUCAUAUGAAAGUGUGGACCGGUGGCUGAAGGAGCUGUAUGAUCAUGCAGAUGCCAGCAUUGUUGUCAUGUUGGUUGGGAACAAAAGUGACCUGAAGGAUGAAGCCCAGGAGGUGCCUUCAGAAGAAGCCAAAGCAUAUGCAGAAAGAAACGGACUGCUCUUUAUAGAGACGUCAGCCUUAGACGCCACCAACGUGGAACUGGCCUUUGAAACAAUCCUCCGAGAUAUCUACACGAGAGUUCUUAAGUCUAAGGGGGGAAUUCAGCAGCCAAGUACGAUAAACCUGUCCAAAGAGGCUUCUCCAACCCAGUCGAUCACCCAGGUUACCGAGCAGAAAAGAUCUUGUUGUCAGAACGUCUAGACUUGGGCCCGCGUUACAAAGAGGAUUAGUCACAGCAUAUGAAGACCAGAUGAAAAGAAGUUGGAGGCCACUGAUCCAGCAAUGGACUUGAUCUUUCAUUAAGAACUAUUAAUAACCCAGAGUGCUUUGGUGCUCACCCCUAAGAACUAGAACAUUGGUAGGAACAAUGACCUUGUCUGAUGUAUGUUAUCGGAGCUCGUUGCACCAAAGAUUCCACCAUUACAAUAAAAAGGUUGACCUGACCUGACAUGGUACUCUUAUCCCCGUCUCUCACGUCCCUACAAUCAAUCCUAUACUCAAAUUCCAUAAAUGAUGUCUAGCCACCAAUGAGACAUGUGCCUCCAAGAUGUCCUCCUUCUUCCCACCAUACAACUAUUUAAGGCAAGUUCAACCACCCUCAGCUAUGUAAUAACACAGAGCAUUAGUAGAAUCAGUACUAGGGAACAGGGCCAUAAAGGGGAAGUGGUGGCUGCAGAUUCCUAAUCCUUUUCUAAACAUUCCUGAGAUAAAUAUCUCCCACCAGACAGCUGGAACACAUAUCCUCCAGUAUUAAGAACAAGCCAAUUUAUUUAUACUAUUAGAUGCAUUUCUUGGUCGGCGCAGGCGUAUCUGGCAUCAGAAAACUGCUCGGUGGAAUUAUGGGAAAAAAUGAUGUAUAUAUUAUUUUCUCUUUACCCUUUACAUUACCAGGAAUCAGGCAGGAUUUCUUUCUAUUGCUGUAGUUUUUAUGAACCCCGUGCAGGGCAGAGAUAGAGCAGCUAAUAUAGUAAGGAAAUAAUGAAACCCAGGAUAAAGAUUAAAGGGAUUGUUUAUAAAUGCAAGAUUCAAGGAAGACUAUGCCCCUGUACACUGUUUAAUAUAUAUGUUAUUCACUGUUUCAUAUAAAUAAAGCCUUUUUGUGAAAAAUAGACUUUACUAGUAGAACAAACCAUUGGAUUAUCUAAUGGAAAACUGCCUUUAAAGUGCUAAAAUCUGGCAUAUGUAGGGUUGCCACCUUUUGCAAAUUUUUUUUCCGGCUGGUGGGGGGCGGGUACAAAAAGGGGCGUGGUGUGAUGUCAAAGGGGCGGGCUGUGCCGCAAAGGGACGGGGGUACGGCGCGGCCAGGACAAAAACGAAGGACAAGCUAAGUUUACAGGGGAUGGGGGCGGGCCAAGGGAUCUUUUUAAGGGUAUUACAAAUUUACUGGCAGCUAUAUUACCGGUAAAUUUGUAAUACCGGCCCCGGCCUUGGCAGGUGUUUUACCGGCCAGGCCGGUAAAAUACCGGCCGGGUGGCAACCCUAGGCAUAUGUGAGGCACUGAGCUCUCACACAAAACCAAGGACACACAUACAUGCUAGGUACAUUAGCCAAUGAAUGGAAACUCUCUCACACUUCCUGUUACAGUUAGAGCUGCAUUACUUCCUGUCAGGUGAUCAGUGAGUGACACACAAAUCAUCACAAAAUGGUGGCUCAAGGGAAAACAUAUAACUAGGCAGUGCCAGUAUUUUUCGCAAUGCUUUUCUUUUUUCAAAAUAAAAACUGAGCUAGAAAACAAAAACAUGUGCUUUUCCCCUAGAUCACUGAGAUUCCAAUAGUAAAUAGUAGCCUUUAAGCUGCCAAUUUCUAGUAAGUGUGGACGAACACAACAGAUUGUAGAAUUUAACAGAGGGCAAAUGGGGCCUAAAGGCAACAUCAUAAUCACAAUACUAACCCCUAAAGGUAUUAUUAUUAUUUAAUGUAUGAAUGAUCCCUUGCCAUUCUCUGAUUAACAUAACCAUUUUGUUUUCAAUAAAUAGUCUUUGUUUUCAACUUAAAA